AUGUCUACAAGAGCGACAACAUUUGAUGAUUUAGCUACUGAGCUUCUACUUUGUAUAUGUGAUUAUUUACCAUUAGCUGAUCAAUAUUAUGCAUUUUUUGACUAUAACAAUCGUUUACGUUUACUAAUUAAACACUGGACAGUCAUCUUUAUUAAAAAAACACUAAGAGACGAUUUAUAUCGUUUUACUGUUUGUCAUUGCUGUAUUCAACGAGAAAAUUUUGGUACGAAAUUUUAUAUCAUACCAGCAAAGGGACAAUAUGCAUUUCAUGUGGGAAAACGAUUCUAUCCUUCAAUUAUCGAUCCAUUUAAUAUCCACUGGCAUUGUUUUAAGCAAAUACCAAAAUUAGAUCCAUUUGUUAGUAAAAUAAUUGCAAAAUAUCCAAUUGAAUUAAAUCCAUUCAAUGAUUUGGGUAGAUUGGAUAUGAGUCGAGAAUAUUUUCAUGCUUAUCCGACAAUUGUAUUAGUACUUAAACAGCAUAGAAUUAGUGAUGAAAAUGAUGAAUGGUUAAGAGAAAACUAUUCUGAUAUUUAUACUAAAGUUAAAAAUUGGAUUAAACAAGAUAAUGACGAUGAUUAUCAACUUAAACAGUAUUUAAUUCCGUUAUUUAAAAAUGAAUAUCAAAAACAAUACGAACAAUUUUAUAAUAACGUUCAACAAAUAUGCAAUGACUUAGAACAACUGAAAGAUAUUAAUAUAUUAAAUAUUUAUCCAUGGUACGAUGAAGAACAAAAAAGACGAGAGAAAGUAAAGAAUAAAAGAAAAAAAUGGUUAUGUAUCUAA